AGCGUUAGUGUGUUUGUGAUGCUAAUUAAAAGUGUCCUGUGUCAGUGGCUUUCCAGAUCCAGAUGCGUCAUCCUGUUCCUCAUAUAAAAGUCCGACAGUCUGACCCAGUGACAGAAGGAGGAGAGAAGCGAUACAAAGGAGUCAGAUUUUGUUCUAAUUAAGACCCAAUAUGGAGAAGAUGAUGACCAAGCUGAGGCUUCUGCUGCUUUGCCUGUCUGCGACCUAUGCUGCUGCUGCUGCACCAGGCAGCUGCGUCGGCCGUUGUGGGGAGGUUUUCACAAGAGGUCAGCAGUGUACCUGUGACUUCAGCUGCCUGCAGCACAAAGAGUGCUGCCCUGAUUUCCUGGCUACCUGCACCACCACUCCGUCGUGUCGGGGCCGCUGCAGUGAGACGUUCAGGAGAGGUCGGACGUGCGACUGCGAUCCGCUGUGCGUCCAGUACAACACCUGCUGCCAGGACUUCCAGCUGCACUGCGAUGCCGCUGUGAGCGUCCCACAUCAUGGAGGCCCCCAAACUCUGAGGACCACAGGCUCCAAAAACAGGAACCCAGACAGGAGUCGGCACAGUUCCAACAGCGAGAGUGAGGAACGGUACACAGGAAGAGGUGGGCGUUGUCCUCAGUACCCAGGAGGUCAGUGUUCAGGAAGGUUUGGCCCCACAAACCCUCUGCCAACUGGCUCACUGGGCUCCAAUCCUCCUGCUGUUCCAGGUGAUGGUAACACCGCGGUAGGCCCGCUGCCCGGGCAAGUGUCUACCUCUCUGGGUGGGACUCAUCAGCUCUCAGCAGUUCACCUGCCCCGGCCCAGCAACGGUGCUCCGGUUCUGGAUGGCAGGGUUCCUGUUGGCUCCUCCACCAAUGGAGCUGGAGAUGGGAAACUAAACGUCCAUCUGGUGAUCGCCCCAGGCGGCCUCAAUCCAUCUGGGCCCAGUCAAGGAGGUCCAGCUCAACCCAGACCCAGCACCCUGCUGGAUGUGGCCCAGGCUUUGGGUCUCUCUGUUGGACAAAGAGUCCCUGAAGGACCUGGGACAGGACUCAUGUCGAAUGCCGACCUGUGCAGUGGAUCCCCCAUCAACGGACUGACCGCUCUCGGCAACGGCACCGUACUGAUAUUUAAAGGCGAGUUGUUUUGGGCCGUUGACUCCGUCGGAGGCUCCAUUGGUCCUCCGCAAAACAUCAGAGACACUCUGGGGGUCUCGUCACCCAUCGAUACGGUCUUCACACGAAUGGACUGCAGUGGAAACACCUACGUCAUCAAGGGAAACCAGUGCUGGCGUCUGGAUGAGAACCUGAUGGUGAAGCCUGGCUACCCGAAACCUUUGACCUCUGAGUUUCCUGGUCUGACGGGUCCCAUCAGCGCUGCUCUGGUGGUGCCGGCCACCAGGAACAGACUGGAGACCAUUUUCUUCUUCAAGCCGGGAGACAUAAUGCAGAGGUUCACCGUCCUCCCAGGCAGCUCUGCGUCCUGCAGGGACAAACCAAAAAGCUCCACGCUGAAAAACUUUGCCCAACAGGCCGCAGACGUUCUUCUGAGCGGGGAGAUCAACAUCAAAGUUUCUCUGACGGGCUUCCCAUCCCCCGUCACCUCCGCUCUGUCCAUGCCCGCUCCGCAGAGCACCAACCCGUACCAACUCUUCGUCUUCUCUGGACCUCUCUAUUUCAGAGUCCAGAUCACAGGAGACCUGCCGGUUCUGGUCAAACCUGACCCCCCCGCCUCCCUCACGCCUCUGCCCAACCCAGUCCUGAGCCCUCUCGUCAUGGCGACCAACCCUGCCAACCCGGCAGGUCAGAACCAGAACCCCGCCCACCCGACCAACUCCAUCAGGUUCUGGUUGCGCUGCCCAUAGGCGCCUCCAGUGGAGAACGCUGGUUUCCUGUGUCAAGAUACGUCAACAGGAUGUUCUUAAAGAAAUGCUUUUUGCAGUAAUUCACUGCUUUUCAACACUUUAGAUGAUGUAAAAGUUAUCAAAUCUGAACCAUCCGAUUUUCCGUCUUUCUAUACAGCAUCUAAGGACUAUUAGAAGAGAGUCUCCACAUGACAUUGCUGCUAUUUGUUAUUCCACUUUAUUCUUAAAAACACCUGCA